AUGGACUUAUUCCAUGCCGUCACUCAAGGCAUAGAAUCAGUUCUCACGUGCGACUGGUACGAUUCGUUCAAAGGUUACACUCCUUCAGAUAUGGCUUCAGGCCCGGGUAACAAGACCAUGGACACGGUUCCCGGUGGUGAGAGUACCCAAUAUGAAUCAAUCCAGACUGUGACCAACCCGACCGAGAAGGAGAGAGGACAACUAGGCAGCGGACCCAACACGUCUGAGAAAUCUGGCGUCUCUGACGAACGUGGACAGACGACGACGGAAAACAUUCGAUACGGUCAGAAUAUCUCGGAAUCAGGCGUUGGAGGCAUGACAACCACAUCGACUGGUUCUGCAACGCAAUCAGGUGGUUAUGGAGGCAAGCCCGAUGACUCGGAAGACCUGAAGAAUACUCGGCGUGAGCAAGGGUAUGGGCCGGGCUCUGGAGUUGGCGCAUGA